AUGAUCACCGGCAAAGACAUGUACGACGUACUAGCGGCGAUGGUGCCGCUAUACGUAGCUAUGAUGCUAGCCUACGGUUCGGUACGGUGGUGGGGAAUAUUUACACCGAGCCAAUGCUCCGGUAUAAACCGGUUCGUUGCGGUUUUCGCGGUUCCUCUUCUCUCUUUCCAUUUCAUCUCCUCCAAUGAUCCCUAUGCCAUGAACUACCAUUUCCUCGCUGCUGAUUCUCUUCAGAAAGUCGCGUUUAGUAAGAGAGGAAGUCUAGAAUGGAUGAUAACGCUCUUUUCGUUAUCAACACUACCGAACACUUUGGUUAUGGGAAUCCCAUUGCUUAGGGCGAUGUACGGGGACUUCUCCGGUAACCUAAUGGUGCAGGUCGUGGUGCUUCAGAGUAUCAUAUGGUAUACAUUAAUGCUCUUCUUGUUUGAGUUCCGUGGCGCUAAGCUUCUCAUCUCCGAGCAGUUCCCGGAAACUGCCGGUUCCAUCACUUCUUUCCGUGUUGACUCUGAUGUUGUCUCUCUCAAUGGCCGUGAGCCUCUCGAGACUGAUGCGGAGAUAGGUGACGAUGGGAAACUCCACGUGGUUGUCCGGAGAUCAAGCGCCGCCUCAUCAGUGAUCUCAUCGUUCAAUAAAUCUCACGGUGGAGGACUUAACUCUUCCAUGAUAACACCGCGAGCUUCAAAUCUCACCGGUGUUGAGAUUUACUCCGUUCAAUCUUCACGAGGGCCGACGCCGAGAGCUUCGAGCUUUAACCAAACAGAUUUCUACGCUAUGUUUAACGCAAGCAAAGCUCCGAGCCCUCGUCAUGGCUACACCAAUAGCUACGGUGGUCCUGGAUCAGGUCCGGGCGGAGAUGUUUACUCGCUUCAGUCGUCUAAAGGAGUGACGCCAAGAACGUCGAAUUUUGAUGAGGAAGUUUUGAAGGCAAAGAAAGGAGCAAGAGGAGGGAAAAACAUUAGUGGUGAAUUAAAUAACAACAAUAAUGUUCCAUCGUACCCACCACCGAACCCGAUGUUCACGGGGUCAACGAGCGGAGCAAGUGGAGUCAAGAAAAAGGAAAGUGGUAGCGGAGGAGGAGGAGGAGGACAGAACAAGGAGAUGAACAUGUUCGUGUGGAGUUCGAGUGCCUCUCCGGUGUCCGAAGCCAACGCCAGGAACGCUAUGACCAGAGGUGCCUCCACCGAUUUGUCCACCGACCCAAAAGCUUCUCUUCCUCCUCAAGACAACCUCGCUUACAAAGCGAUGCACAGUCUGAUAGAGAACAUGACACCGGGAAGAAAAGGGCAUGUGGAGAUGGACCAAGACGGUAAUAACGAGGGAAAGUCAGGGGUAAAUUCGUCACCUUACAAUGGGAAGAAAGGCAGUGACGUGGAAGACGGUGGUCCCGGCGGUCCGAGGAAACAGCAGAUGCCGCCGGCGAGCGUGAUGACGAGGCUAAUACUGAUAAUGGUUUGGAGAAAACUCAUUCGAAACCCUAACACUUACUCUAGUCUCUUUGGCCUUGCUUGGUCCCUUGUCUCCUACAAAUGGAAUAUAAAGAUGCCAACCAUCAUGAGUGGAUCUAUUUCGAUACUAUCUGAUGCUGGUCUUGGCAUGGCUAUGUUUAGUCUUGGUAUGAAGGUUUUUUUGGUAAUGUUUAGAGAAACGUUUAUGAAUUUUAUUUAUACUAAUUAUAGUUGUUGCUAUAUAGGUCUAUUUAUGGCAUUGCAACCAAAGAUAAUAGCAUGCGGAAAAUCAGUGGCUGUCUUCGCGAUGGCCGUAAGGUUCUUGACCGGACCGGCCGUGAUCGCAGCCACCUCAAUUGCAAUUGGGCUUCGAGGCGAUCUCCUCCAUAUCGCCAUCGUUCAGGCUGCUCUUCCUCAAGGAAUCGUUCCUUUUGUUUUUGCCAAGGAAUAUAACGUCCAUCCUGAUAUUCUCAGCACUGCGGUUAUAUUCGGAAUGCUAGUUGCGUUGCCUGUAACAGUACUCUACUACGUUCUUUUGGGAAUUUAAGCUAUAAUCAAACCGUAAUGGUAAAUCAAAGGCGAUACGACCAAAGGUGAUUUAAAAGAAAAGUUACCAAGAAAAGAAAGGCGAUUAAUUCCAGGUCAGGCUUAGGUGGAUGUGGCAGCAAUGUCGUAUUAAUUAAUUUAUAGCAUGUGGUAUUGUAGAAAUUUUAGUUAGUUUUGUUAUAAUUUAUACGCACAUGCAUGUACGUGACUCUUUGUAUUUGUUGUUACAUUUAUUAAAAUUUUGGGAUGUGCG